AUGCAGAAUGUCUCCGUUUCAUCACAAACAGGCCUUCUGCAGGUAAAGAUUUGAGCUACUAUAUAUUUAGACUGACUAUUUGAGGAAUUCAGAUGUCUUUUGGCUUGAUUUGCUUGGUAACAAUGCAGUAAUGUCCCAGUCAGUGUAACGAGAAUGUAACUCAAAAAUAAUAUGCUUACCUUCUCACAGACAAAAAAAUAGAUGUAGACCUUUUCACGAAAAACGGCUAGGAGUAAUGAUAAGAUCACUUAUGUUAUGAAAAGGGCUCAAGAAGUCUUAACCUUGUCUCUAGGCCAUGAAGAACUUUGGUUUGGAUCAUGUAAUGAGAGUGUAUUUAAAGGGGCUGCCAUUGGAGGAUCCGCAGGCGACAGACGAGGUAUAAAUAUGAUUUUCAGUAUUUCCAUAAAACAUUGUUUGCAUUUUUAUCGAUAAGUGAAUCAGCGGCUGGAAUUCAAACCAUAAGAUGUAUGGCUUUGGUAUGUGUAAGAUCUCACGCUUUGGAUGUGUCAGUUUGGAGUAUUGACGAUGCUUGCGAUGUAUCGUAUUUUUAAAAAGUUCUUGUUCGUGGUCAGUAUUAGGGACAUUUAUAACAGGUUAACAUUUGGGUUACAUGUAAAUAAGGUACUUCUUAGAAGAGAUCGAGUAAUACUCAUCGCUUUGUUGGAGUGUUUAAUCUUUAACAUUUAUUUUUUGUGAUUGACUGAGUUUCCGUUCAGGGUUAUAAAUUAGCUGCGUUGGUACACUCCAACUGAAACGUGUGAGAAAAUGGCGAAACCUUUUUCUCUCGAACACAAUCUACUAAUGGGGGAUCUUCAAACGAAGAAAUUACGAUUAAAAUAUUCACACUUCUUUAGAAAUAAAUCCUUUGCAUUUCAUUAUAUACGUUCUUUCAACAUCUAAAAGGAAGGGAGAAGUACAUGUAGCUCACUUACAGUGAUACAAACUUGUUUUUGUCAUUGUAGGUUGCAGAGCUGCAGUAUGAAUCAGCUUGGCAGAAUUGCGUGUGGGAUUUGGACACCAGGUUGGAGCAUUGAUUUUCUCUCUGUUUUUUUGUUUCUUUGUUUUUUUUUGUCGAAAAAAAAAAACAGAGUUGUUUGCACAUUCUCCCUGCUAUUUUUUCGCUGUCUUCGUUAUAUAGUUGAAAUGUUUCCCCAACAACGCGCACAGUCAUUGGUUACUUCGGGAUUACAUGAAAUGUAAAAGGAAGACCUUUUCCCUGUGAACCUGCUUUUGAAAGGCGUAGUUAAAAUUCUACCGCUCCGUUCUAAAGCGUAAUAAAAAAAGCACCGAUCAACAUGACCGGCGAGUGAAGUUUUUGGCCGGUCAAGACGCCAUUCUGGUCGGACGUUUUCCGUUGACCGGCCGUUAUUUUGGGCCGAAAGUUCCUAGUCGAAUUGCUCUGGAAAAAUAGGAUGGUCAUUUACUCAUUACCUUGCGGCGUCGAUCUAGACAGCCCAAAAAGAUUUCACAGUCUUUACCAAACACAUACACAAAAACCGUCACUUGUGGUGUGCUUAUUCCUACAGCACUUCAUUGUUACAUCUUUUCUCAUCGCCAACAGAGUUUACUUCUUUUUCACAGGAUUGGUUCAGACAGGCCUCAAGGGUUUCAUCAGGCUUUGUAUGGUUCUCUGUGUGCCUUGCAAGAGGAAGAAUGGGAACUGUUUCAGUGUAGGGUAGACAAUUCAAAGUAAGGAAAUGAUAAAGAGUUUGGAGUGUCAUCAUUAUGUGUGCCAACGUCAAAUACCGGCAUACAUAAGCCUAAACGUGCUGUUAGCAAUUAAGUAACGAGUAUACCUUAUAGGCGAUCUUUGAAGACAAAUGCGAAAGAAUCCAAUUGUCUAAGACACGAUCCUACAAUUUUCCAGUUAUGCACCAACAACUCCUGGAUAUUGAUGGGUUUUUUUUUCUCUAGUCUCUCUGUCCGUUGAGAUAUGAUUUUUUUCUCUGGGUUCACAAUGUGGUUUACAUUUCGUAAACAAAAAAAAAUUUUGGUUGCUUUAUGUCUUCACAGUAUUGCUCGAUGCAAAUACAUCCAGAAAAAAAAGCGUGAUCAAGAAAAUAAGCGGCACUUAAUCGAAUCUGACGCGCUAAGCGAUUAUCAAUCUUUGAUCAUCAUCAUCAGACAGUGUUGACCGCUACCGCCUGCGUGCGUGAAACUCGAGUAACUGCCGCUUUCUUUUUAUCUCACAAAUUGUGAUUACAGUUUGCAGUUGUUUAGCUACUAUUCUGUUACGAUACGUAUACUUUUUCGCAUCUACAUGUAGUAUGCUAUCUUAUUGAUUUGCUGUUUCUGUUUUCAAAUUUAAAAGUAUUCUCUUCUAAACUUGAAAUUAAUUGUAAAUGAAAAUUUAGAUUGCAGAUAAUGGACGAAGUAGCGCACGUUAGCUUAGAGAGCGUACGCAGCGUGUAUCCUGCCUUGACACGGCUGCAGUGUGUUGUGGAACUAGAGAGUUUUGGCUUUGCCAUUAACGGGUAGGUCGCAAUUAACUUCCAACAUUCUGUCAUCUCCGUAGAGGCUCCCGCUAGGUAUUGCAAUAAAAAUAGUAAUGAUGUAAGUGCACGGUUGACCAUGGGAAGAGAGAAUAAAACGCGGUUCUUUUCCUCUCCCCAGCCUCCUUACGAUACAAAGAGGCCUCUACAGAGGAUAGAGAUACAAAAAGAUGGCACAAAAAUUCCUCACGUGGUGAAAUUUGUACAUUUGUUGAUUUUUGCGUCGAACGUGGAUUUUGCGGGAAUCGCUUAUCUCGGUCGAGAGUGUAGGAUUCCCUGGUGUAAUGGCAUAGCUGUUUACCUGUCGUACGAUCGAUCAAGUUCUCGCUACGCCAAGGAAAUUAUUAGUUUUCUCUUUCUUGGCUUUCUCCCUCUUCAUGUAUAAUCGUUGGAUCGUUUCCUCGAGCCCCGCGAGGUUUUGCGACACUUGCAGGGCUCGAAAAAAGGCCCGUAAGGUAGUCCGGGACAAGUGGAUUCUCUUGCUGGGCAAGUAACAGUUUUAAAGCUGACUUGCCCAGUGGGGAAGGGGUCCAAACCGCUCAUCCUCUAAUGAAAUCAUUAACUAAGACGAGCAAAAAGUGGCCCUGGGCAAUCUAAAUGUGAGAGCGGCCUCCCCUAAGGACAAGCUGGAAUUCAAACUUUUAACGAGCCCUGACUUGCACUUCUAGUUAUAAAGUACAGUGCUAACUUUCGACCGUGGGGAGAAAAUCCUGUUAAAACCUCUCUGGAAGCACUGUUGCAUAGUACUGUUACUUAAGCCAUUUUGCAUUAAGUGGAGCUUAGGUCUUCGUUGACUUUUAUUAAUGGCUAACAUCAACAGAAUGGUCCAGUUGUGUUUCCACUUCUUCCCAAUCAGUCAUCAUAUCUCUUCGCCAGGUUCAUUUUAAGGCGCCCAUUCUGUCUCUUUCUUUGGUAGUCUAUCUUAGUGCUUACCUUUUGAAGCUGUUGGUAGAUUUCCUUAUAAAAAGUGGCCUAAUGUCCAUUCUACAAAGAGGCUAUUAAUUUUUUAACCGAGGCCUCAGAAAGUAAUAACUUAUUGGUUUCCAAAUCCUUGCAGAUGCCAUAACACAGUCAUACCUAUUCUUCACGUUUCUCGCUGACACAUUUGCCACUGAAUUAACGACCUCAACCUUUUUAAUUUUUUUUAGUAAGGAUGCCAGCAUGGUUGAGAUGUGGAAUGAACGAUUUCCACUCCCUGACAACGACUUUGAAUUUUUGGCGCCUUUGCUUGCUCUCCGAACCUCCAUGCUCCAAACACUUGUCAAGCUAAGACAAGACAAGGUUAACAGUCCUGAAGGAAUCCUUCAGCUUGCUCGAGCUUACAAGGAUCUGGCUACCCAUUUGGAAAUGCAAGCAAAGGUCGCACGGAGGGCAAAUAAUCCACAGGUACAGCUUGCUGUUUUUAAUACAUGUACAUAGACGACUUUGAGAAGAGAAUUGUGAGGUCACAAAAAUUCAAUUUGAUGGGUUUUUCCUUUCGCAGGUUACACAAUAAGAACAAGAAUUAGAAUUAUCACAUCAGUCUCCCUUCCGCUUCAAUUAAUACCACGCACACCGUCUUGCCCUCACCCCUACCAUUCACCUACCUACCCCCUACCCCCCAUCACGAUUUAUUGACCUCGUGGAACGCUCUCCUAUCAUCUUUAAUUAUUUCUACUUCGUUUAUAGUCGUCGCUUUUAGUUCUUGACACUGAAGUGGCAACUGGAAUUGAAAACUAUCUAAUACAUGGCAAUUUAUUUUCAAGACUCGGGCGGAAAACACUUGAACUAGCUCCCAAAUAACCGUUUUGUCAUCAAACGGCCUUUUCGAUAUUACCUUCUUUUUAGAUCUAAUGCUUAUACGGUAUUACAAACUCCGGACUCCUAGCUGACGCCUGAAUUUUUCUUUCCCUCAAGAAAGUGGAUACUUAGAAAUUGGGCUCAAAUGAUCCCAACUAUACUACUUAGACAUUUUAAAAGUCUAAUUAACUCUUUAUUCGUGUUCAUCCGUGGACACAGGUUGCUGAGAAAGCCUUGUUUCGAAUAAGACAACUACAAAGUGACAUAACAGAUGUGCAGAGUAGGCUUGGAGGAGAGGACCUCGGGGUUUCAUGGUCGUGGAAAAUGGAGGAAGCAAAGUUACGAUGGGCCAAAGGGGAACAGGAUACAGCUAUGUACUUACUAAAGUCAUUGGGUAGACAACUGGAAAAGGUACAGAAUCCAGUUAGUGUGCCUUAGAAUAGUACUUUAAAAGGAUAUAGACUGCUGUUAGAAAGCACUCUUUGUUUGGGGAGGUUUUGGGAUGGGAAACCGGAGAGGUUUAUAGGAAUUUGCAUGUACAAUGCAGAGGCAUGUCACCCUCGAGGGGGCAAAAGGUAGGCAAUCAUCUUACCGAGGUAGACUUUUGGUAAGCAUUUUUUGACCUUAGUAAGGUAUGGUUUUUACAGUAUGGUAGACGUCUGGUUACUGCAAACAAUAUUGUUCCAAAAGGUGUGAUGCUCUUGCAGCUUAGAGUUGUUGUUUUGCUCAUUCAACGAACUGCUCUUUUGACUUUCUUAUUGCUUCGACGUCGUGACAUCUUAAAUUCCCUUAUUCCCAUCUAAUACAGAGAAUUCAUGUAUUCAAAGUCACCUCUGUCGUGUUGAUACUUAUUUGCAGGUUCGUGAUCACAGCCCUGAAGCCUCAGUCCUUUACCCACAAGCUCUGGGCUUGUAUGGAAACUGGCUGGCAGAAUCUAAGUCGGAGAAUCCUAACACCAUCAUUGAAGAUUACUUAGAGAAGGUAAAAUUCGUAAUUUCUAACAGUAAAAUGCACAAGUUAAGCCGUUCGCUUCAACUUACCGACCGUUUUCAUCUCUAAACGGAAGCUUACUCUCUCGAUGCUUAACAUAUUUGGACAAGUGAAUCUUAUGUACCCACUCUGAUCGUAAUGUAAGAGCAAGUGCUAAUAACACAAUUCAAUCUACGGACUUCUUGCAGCUCUAUAAGGACCGACUGCGAGGUUUGCGAUCGUAAAACCUACAGGAAUAGGAUCGUUGCCUAUAUGGACUAUUGUAGCAUGUCAAUAUUGGACAAACCUCCUCAAAUUAUGAUUAAUACACGAGUUUUAUUUCGGAGUUUCUCGUACCAACAUCAUGUCAUUUAUCUGCAUUGCGGGCUCUUUUAAUCAUGGCACUGUUUCUUUUUUUUGCUUGUCAGGCGGCUUGUUUAAUGGAGUGUAUGGAAGGCGGAAAUGAUGCGUCAAGGAUCGAGGUGCUCAAAUUGAUUAUCUUGUCCCUUGUGAUUGUAUUUUUUGUUGAUAUUCUUGCUUGCUUUAUUAUACUUUUUAAUGUAUCUUCGUUUCUUUUUUAUAUGUUUGUCUGUUUAUGUGCCUGUUUCCUAAACGCCCUAGAGGUAAUUCCCUUGUUUUGCACUGCGCCCCUCUACUGCGCAUAAUAUUGCGACAUCCAAGUUGGCGGCGGUUCUUCCCAGCUGCAUUAACGAGACAGUGUCUGGCCUAGAAUCGCUACUGUACACAUGUUGUUUAAAGUCCGAGCGUGGAGAGACGAAUAUUUGUCGAAGAAAUAAAUAAGACCCGCCGUAACACCGGAACCACGCGAGGAAGACCGCUCUUUGAUGUAAACACGAAGUUUUCUGCUGAAUUUACAUUCUGCUGUGUAUAGAAACCAAACAAGAGAACAUAUGAAGCACAGGAAUCGAUCAACAGUCUUUUCUUUAAGUUUCUUUGUCAAGCAUUGUUGUACAAAAGCCAAAAAGUCGAACCCUAGUUUAUUGGACCACAAAACGCCAGCGAUACAAAACAGUCCAAAAUAUAGAUUCAUAAAGUCAAAAUCUCAUAAAAUCUUGACUAACCUUCUUCCGUUGCAUUUGUUGAACUCUAUCCAAGUAUGAAUUUCUGUGUUGGCGAUAUCAAACACAUAAAAACAACCGAAAACAAGCUUGAUCUCGAGUGCGUACUCCGAUCAAGAUUGGCUUUAUUUCUCGUCCCAAAUCCCGCCGCACAAAUUCUCCAUCCUGACUGCGAUCUCAAAACCAUGCCCACCCUUGACGGCAGUUUGUGAGGAAACAAACACGGUGACCCCCGAUUUUUUUUUUCAGGUAAUUGCUGAGAACAGUCUAAUAAAGAACAUAUUUGAAAAAGAAAAAAAGUUUGAUAGUAGAACAUGAUUUUUUUGGAAAAUAGUUCCGUACUGGGAGUAUUUGGGCCAAGGCGAGGACUUCAAGCUAACCACGGAACUGUCCGAAAGAAUGCAAUAUCAGUACAACCAGGCAAUCAAAAACGACUUAAAUUAAGCAAUACUGCUUAUUUGAAUAAAAGAAGCCUUAUUUUGAAGAUAAAAUUUUGUGUGUUUCAAGUAACAAAGUUUUUAUUCUGCAUGAAGGUGAUUCGAAUUUUUAACGCCCAAUCAGUAAAAAUACCCCAGUUUAAGAGCCUGCUGACGCGUAAACAAGCACGGUGACCCCAUCUUUUUAUUGCAUUUUUUAAUGUUCAUAUCAUGAAUGUUGAUUAUGCCAAGUUUCAAAAAAAAGUUUGAUAGUAGAACAAUUUCAAGAGAAUUACCAAAGUGAUAAAAUUGCAUUUUCUUACGUUUUCUUUCUUUUUGUGUUUGUUUCUGUGUAGGCCUUUUUGUCUCUCGCCUGGUUUGCAGACACACAGUACCAGAAGAAAGUGGAUUUCAUGAGUUCGAGCACUUACGAAAACAAAGAGGCUUUGAUGAAAAAAGCCAAGGUAAUUGUUUGAGACUAACUGUGAGGUUUACUUUGCUUUGAUAAUUUGCGAAUAAAAGUUUAUGGUCCGAUUAAAGUUUAGCAAUGUCGCACGAAAGUAUACCUGCGGUUAGACAUGGUUACUAGACACCUCAAACAUUUUGUAGCAAACGUUUUGCUUAUUUAUUGUAGAACAUUGAAGUCACUUAAUGUGUAUUCGAAAGCCGUUCUUUUUUUUCCUCGCCAAGGAAGGUGUGAUGGUCGGACAUAUGUCUUUCCACCAAAACUUCAAAAAAGCCUUAUCAUUCUCCUUUAUUGUUUUAAGGUGGAAUCGGAACGUCUUCAGCGAGUUAUUGAAUCCGGAAAAGACAGGUAUGCACGAACCCUGAACUUACAAGCUCAGAUGGAUGAAAGAGAACUUCAACAAGUGGUGGACGACAAACGGACAUUCCUGAAAACGGCUGUUGAGUACUACAUUAAAACACUGCAGACAGGGGUAGGUUGGAAAGACUGCAUGCUUAAUUCUUGCAAACUCAAUAACUGCAGCCCCUCCCCUCCCCUCCCCUCCCCUUCCCAUCAAUAAUGAUGAUGAUGAUGAUAGUAAUAAGCCCAUAUCCCGUCCUUUGCAGCGUAAAUGAGGUUGUCUGAAUUGAAUGACUUAGACUUUGUCACCUUGUGUGACAAAAGCAUAUAAAUAGGUAAUAUAUAAACUGCCGUCUCACUUUGUUCUUACUAACGGAGUAAGAUAAGCUUUUCUCAGGUGUCAGGUGUGCUGAAAAAAGAACGUUAAAUAAAGCAUUUGAAAAGGCAAUUGAAAAGUACUGAAUGUGUAAUGGCUAGCCUUUUAAUUCUCGUCGCUAGUUGGUAUGUUAUCUUUGUUUUUUUCCUGUUUUUAGGAUAAGUAUGACAUGAGAGUGUUCAGGCUUUGUUCCCUCUGGUUUGACAACGCAAAGGAAGAGUUUGUCUCGCAGAUGAUCAAGGUUUGUUUGUAACCAUUUACCAUUGUCCAUCGUCGUUCUUCAUCUAGAUGUGUUUAAAGGAAGGUUUUUCAGUUGUUGAAAAAAAAAACACUCUUCAAACAAAAUUAUUGUUUCACUAAUAAUUGGUGAGAUUGAACCUGUGUCCGCCUUUAUCGUUAUUGCUAUCUUAAACUUAAUAAACGUGUCAAAGAUAAGGACCCUUGUGCAUAAUAUCAAUAGUGUUAAUAAAAGUACUUCCCUCUCUGUUUGGUAUGAUUUUAGGACGGAGUGACGAAGAUUGAAUCUCGCAAGUGUCUUCCUCUGAUGUAUCAACUAGCUGCUAGGCUUGGAACAAAGUCACACGAUAAUCCCCUAUUCCAGGCAACUCUUAACGAGGUAUGCUCACUUCUGUCCAUUACUCACUGCCGUGUUUCGUUACAUCUACUGCUGUACUUGACUUUGCCAACACUAAUCUGAAUAAGAGCGUAUUUAUAAAGACCAGUAUGGAUGUACAGUUCUUUGAUCUUGCCCGGCUUUGCACCUUCACAGAGUACAGAACUGCUUACCAGGGAUCACUCUGAUGGUUAUUUGCAGUUGUGGAAGGUUUUCCUUUUUCCAGACUGAUGGAGAUGGAGGAAAGACCCUUUUUUUGAGAACCGUUACUGUAGAAAAAUUUCCAUACUAGCAUAGGUCUCUCACGGCAAGAGAUUAGAAGGAGAGGAAAUAGAGAGACCUCCGCCGGUCCUAACGCUUUCUUUCACGUAGCCGCCGACCACAUUUGUGGUCGAAACUUACUGGUUUUCAAAACCGUUUUCGUUUCAUGUGGAAUGCGAUUGCCCUGUUAAGACUGCAGGCUGGAAAUGGUUUUGGCCUGCAGUUGUUAUCGCGCAAAAACCGGUUCUGUAAGUUAUUUCGCACGUUACAAAAACGUUACUGGUUGUUGAGGAAAGGCAUUCAUGAUAGAAAACGCAUCGGAGACCAGCAGAUGUGUUUCUCUUUCCUAUCAUUAUUCUCUUGUCGUGUGAGACCUCUGCUAACAGGGAAUAGAAACUUAAGAUCAAUAAUAAUAUGUUUUUUCCAGCUUAUUGAAAGAACAGCAGUUGACCAUCCUCACCACACAUUAUUCAUCCUAUUUGCACUCGCAAAUGCUGAGAAAGAUAACAAAUAUCUAACUGGUGGCAAGAAGAACGCAACUGCCUCGAGGCUUACAAGAAAUAACUCUAAGGAGGCGAGCAGCGGAUUCACUGAGGUAUUUUGGUCAACAAGUACCACGAUUUCUGUUAAGCUGUGGAGAGCUUAAGCAACCAGGAAGGCAACGGCAGCGGAAACUUCAGUUUAAAAGCGAAUUCGCGCUGUUUCAAACGUGUUACUCUUAUUCCCUUAUUCCUUAUGGACGUUGAUUCUGAAGGAAAUAUGAAGGACUGUAUCUAAAAAGUGUUGCCUUGUGUUUACGUCCUCCAUAAAACGAGAAACUAGUAGGUUACGCGUUGUAGUUGUGCAACAACGGCAAAGUAAAUUACUAUUUUACAUUUUUUUUUCCUUUCAUUUUUAGGCUCGCAUUAAAACAGCUUGUGAGUUAAUUGAUAGGAUUGGAAAACAGCGCGGAGAACUUGUACAUAACAUGAGAUGUUUGUGUGAAGCGUACAUUGAACUUGCCUAUGUCAAUGUCCAACAUCUAAAGAACGAAAGAGGUGCGUUAUCGUUAUAAACAUGGUGUAAACUUUUUCAAGCGAAAGGUUUCCUCAUUUUCCGCUUCCCCCGCCUCUUAAACAACUUUUCUCGCACAUUUUAGGUCCAUUUAACUUGCAGGAUGUCACGAUCAAGAGAAUUUCAAACCUAAAGGAAGUGCCGGUGCCAACUUUAGAAGUGCAGGUAAAUGGCCCAUGUCUACCAUCUUUAUCUUUUAAGUGUUGGGUUUGGAUUCCCAUCCGGAGCUAGAUAUUUUUUUACCUUCUCCUAACGGUCGUGUCCUCGUUACAUUUCUCUUUAUCACGUUGAAUACAUUAUCUUCCUAACGGUCUAACUUGUUUCUUCAUCAGGUCGACCCAUUAUGUCGAUACGAUGACCUUGUUCAUGUGGUUAGAUUUGACUCCAAGUUCUGUCUCGCUGGAGGAGUGAAUCUUCCUAAGAUCAUAUUUUGCAUUGGAUCUGACGGAGUCAAACGACGGCAGCUGGUCAAGGUGCGUUUGUUACACACAAAAUAGUGUGUUUUGGUAAUCAUUCUGGGUCAUCACAACAUUAGAAGGUAACAGUUAGAGAACCACCCAGUUUUUCGAAAAUGUAAACAGGCGGCGCCUUGCACUUAAAAAAAGUGAGGGAUUGCUUUCAGUGUUUAAAUGAAUACCACCACGUGAUGGGACGUGACUUCAAGUGGCAGGAAGUUGUAAAUAGUGAGUGAAAAGCCACUCUAGAUUCAGAAGUUCUUUUGGACGUCCGACACUUUUAUCGGUUUAUUUAUGUAGAUAAAUGUUUCCUUUUCUCACUGAAGGUUAAGGGACGCAAGAACUCUUUUAAGCAGCGUAACAAAUCUAGAACAUUUGAGUAUUUUUGAUCCGGUGGGUUUUUUUUUAUCUGUAUAGGGAAGAGACGAUUUGCGCCAAGACGCUGUUAUGGAACAAGUGUUUGGAAUGGUGAACCAGUUACUUAUCAAAAACUCGGAAACAAGAAAAAGGAAACUAAAGAUGAGAACGUACAAGGUAUUAUCGUUGUAAGAAAUCUUACACUGUUGGUCGUGUUGUCUUGUUUUGAAUAAGCCUUUUAUUUUCAAAGGUACUGAAACUUUAGCGUAAAGUAUAGACAAAAUCAUGAUCUGUUUCCUGCUUCAAGUAUAUGAUGAGGUGCGUUCGUUUUAGUGAAAGAUGUUAUCUUCGCGUUUUACAAGAUUUGUUCACUGUGCGAACGCAUGUGCCAUUGGUAGACAGUAUACUUAUCAUGUUUGAUUGUUUUCUGUUUCCACUCUCUGACGAGCAUGUCUCCAACGCGCUUUUUUCUUCAGUGGUUUUGGUUUUUGUGUUCGGAUAAAAUCCGUACGUUAUUUGAGAACAUUGAAGGAGAUGAAAAGUAACUCUGUCAUGCGGCAAUUGCUUAACAAUGCUUUCAUGUCGUUCCUUCCUUUUUCGCUGACUUGCUUAAAAUUAGGUUUACCGUGCUCGUGGUGUUUCUGGAAAGUUCGAGGAAUCUUUUAAGUUUCUAGUCGUUUGCUGUCGAGGUCCGUGAAAUUUACUUGAAUGCUGUUUUUUUCUUCCUUCUCCUAGAAAAUUUCUAGUCGUAUUCAUGCCACAGGGUGAAUCAGAGUGUGGUAUAUAGUCGAUGAUUUCAAUUAACCUGCACCCAUGUAAACCUGUUAUUUCAGUGAUCCCUAUAACCUGCACUACCUAUUGUUUUCAGGGAUAGGGGCAUUGAUAUGUCACCAUCCCUAUUGUUUUCCCAGCAAAUCACAAACCUUGUUUGGAAAGGUGCAGGUCGGCGCCAAUGAUUCCCUAGAAAACUCUUAAGAUUUCAUUCUCUCUUAGUGGAACCUUAGUGCCCAGGUCAGGAGUACUGCUUUAUCUCAUUUCACCCUCUCCUCUCUUUGUCUUGUAUUGCACCAGGUCAUACCUUUAUCACAGCGCAGUGGAAUAGUUGAGUGGUGCGAGGAUACUAUGCCUCUGGGCGAGUAUCUUGUCGGAAGGCCUGGUACCAAGACAGGCGCUCAUUCGCGUUACUAUCCGGGAGACUGGACAUCACUUGACUGCCGAAAGAGAGUCAAGGUACUGUGGACAAACGUUGGAGUUUAAUUUUGCUGCUUGCUUAAAAGAGUUGCACAGUGAGCAAUAUUGAACGGCAAGUUUGUUGCUUUGAGCGGCGUAUCCAAUCGCCUGUGGACGCAAACAACCCUGUCUUUACUUUUGUUCAUAGGCCAUGCACUUCUUUUAUCUCCGUUUAGCAUCAUCCGACCGACCCGAUAAUAUAGCGACUUAGUGAAACCUUUUCAUUCAUUUUAAAGAAAUGAGCAUUGUAACAGCAUUUGGUGGCAUUAUAGUUUCGGCAGUGCAUCUCUUUUUCCAUGUUUUUAACUUGUGGAUUACGCGUAGCGUAAGGAACAAAUUAUUGUGGGCACUGCGAUAUGCAAAUGUAUCAAUCGGGUGUAUACACCGUUAGUAAUUAGUCGGCUCCGCACGAAAGUGCUCGAUAUCAAAACGACAAUUGUCGUAGAUCGUUCCCGUUCCGCGAUUGCCUAGAGCUUUCGAUGUUAUGAUUUUGUACAUUUCACUUCGGACGAUAAGUUGUCUUCAUGUGUACUUUGAAUGUUUCAAAUUAGCACUAUGGCCAGCUUUGAGAAACGAAACGCAUUCGAAGCUAAACGGAAAAAGAAGGAUGGCCAUAGUAAUAAAUAGUUGAAAACUUAUCGCCUCUGAAAAUACAUAUUCCGGCUAUCAUGGGUAAUUUAUUGUAAUAUGAAAGUGUUUUUAUCAUCAGAUGGGUGACGAUGCUGGAAGGCCAAGAUAUGAAGUCUACCAAGUAUGUUGCCAUGCUUCUUCUUUGAAGUGCAAAGUAUACACACUUCUUGCGAAUGUUUAAAGUUGUAAGAUAUUCACAGCGUUAUCUUCGUUUAUGAGGUUCUGUUAUCGAGAAGGGAUACUCGUGAAAAUAUAAACAGCGGGAUAAGAAAUAUUUAGGAAGGUGAUUCUGGGAUUUAGAGAAUUAAAGGUAUCAUUUUGUGGAAGAGAACAGAAUUUUUUCAUAGACCAGUGAGACUGGUAUAGAGAAAGACAAAAGUUAAUCGUCUGUCUAGCGUUCGUUUGUAUUGUUCUGUCAGCCUUCUUUCUGUCAGUUGUUGACAAAAGUGGCCCCUCCAGAUAGUCAGUCCUACAUACAUUUUCCCCUCAUCUCAGAGUUACUGUUUAAUACUCGGGUAUGUUGAAUGAAAGUAGUAAUUGGCAUUACGUACACAAGUAGAUACUAAGACCUGGUUCCUGUUUGAGUUUUUAAUAGGGUUGAAACCUUUAUUUCAUUGUUGCUGUAGCUUGUUCACCAUUUGUCCAAAAAUCUGGAAAUUGUGGUUGGAUCGGGAAUAGCAAGACGGAUUUGAUCACCGGAACGAAAGGAAGGCCAGCGGUUCCAGUGCGUUCUACCUGUGGUCAUAGGAAUAAGACACUUACACUCCAGUUCAUUUGAAGUUUAGACGCGUCUCAUUUGCUGCAAUUUUGACGAGCUCCUCCUCAUUUUCAUCGUGUAAACGCGCGCCUUCUUUUCGGUAACCAUCUCGCAAAAGAAAACAAUGUGACAAAGUCUUUUACCCGUUCCUUAGGCCCCUUAGGUGUUUUUUUCUUGGGUGAAAAUGGCCCUAAAGAUGUACUGUAACUUGUUGUUUGUUAAUCUGAUAUUCGCACUCUUCGUUGUUUCUUGCACAGGAGCUAAUGGAACAUUUCCACCCAGUGUUCCGUCACUUCUUUCUGGAGAGGUUUCGGGAUCCUACUGUGUGGUUCGAGAGAAGGCUAACUUACACCAGAGGAGUUGCCACCUCAUCCAUAGGUACUGUUGUCAUCUAACUACAAUCCUGGUCAAAACUCUUGGGCACUAACGCAAUAGCUCGUCAAAAUGGCUCAUUUUUUCUACCCAGUGUGAAUACAUUCAAGUCAAUGUAUUCAGUCAAGAGGGGGACAGCAGAAACAGUUUAUUUCCAAGCGUUUUUUCUUUUUUUUUUUUUGAAGGGUAGAAUACGAGUUAAUUUACCAAGGCGAGUCUUCUCGCCAAAUUCCCUCAAGUCUCCCAAGAUGUUUUGUCCAGGGCUUUAUAUCUCGCCAGUUGCUAUCUUUUUAAAAAGCUAAAUCGUGUCUUCGCUGUAAUUAAAUUCCAAAAAUAAUGUCCCAGAAUUGUUAUUUAACACUAUAUAUGCCGUUAUGGAAAGAAUAGACACGGAAUGAAAAAUAAGCCAACUGGGUAAAGGCACUAAGCAAAUGUAAGUUAAGCACAGAAUAGACCUAAAACUUCAAUAUCAUAGUAACGAAGCGCGUUAAGCCUCAGCCAAAAAUGUAAACAAAUUGUUGAACCAAGUAAACGUAACUGGCUCUCAUCGCGAAAAAACACUCAAGUCAGGAUUGAUUUAAGUCUCACUACUUAUCCUUUUUCCCGUGUCACAUCUAGUUGGUUACGUUGUUGGUUUGGGAGACCGUCACGUGCAGAAUAUUCUUGUGGACUGCAAUACAGCCGAACUAGUACACAUUGACUUGGGUAAGAGAAGGAAUUUUUAUUCUGUGUCGACCAGCAAGAGUUUCGUGCAACUCUUGUGAUUUAUUCCCCUCGAACUGGAUUGUGAAACAACUCAUCAAUUAGAAAUCAGUAAUGACUCCGAUUCUUUGAUUCAAGACAGGAUUUUUGCCGUAGUUUCAAACUAUUUGGCCCAACGUGUUCAGUGAUUUUGUUACCCUUUGUUUCCUGUGUCCCUGACGCAUAAAAAUCCCCAAAGACGCAAAAUAAUUCAUGACGUGCUUCCCGUAGGACACAUUUAAGCGCCGCCUGGUAAGCUCAGUUGGGAGAGCGCCGGUCUGACGAGCGGGAAGUCGCGGGUUCAAACCCCGGCCGGAACAACACUCUGGGUCUUAAAAUAACUGAGAAGAAAGCGCUGCCUUUGUAAUGACAUCUGCAAGUGGUUAGACUUUCUAGUCUUCUCGGAUAAGGACGAAAGCCCGUAGUCCCGUCUCACAGCACUUGCACUGAUUUGUUCUUGUGGGACGUAAAAGAACCUACACCACUAUUCGAAAAGAGUAGGGGGCGUAGACCCCGGUGGUGUGGCCAACCUUUACGGGUUGUGGGAUUGGGUAGGGAUGGCACUUCGCAUAGGACCUGAGUCCCGUUUGUGCACAUUCCUCCUGGGCUACCCUGUGUUGGUAAACCUAAAAAGAUCGAUUGAUCGAUCUGAACAUGUGUAUCUGUAGCAAAAUCAAAUUCGUGUAAUUUCUGUGGCAGUUAUUAUACAGCUGUUGUUUGACGAUGCGUAUUUCCUUUAACCUUUGCUGUGCUUUAAAAAAAGAAGGACUAUAUUUUCAGUUCAUUUUACUGCCAGUAAUACAGCGUUUUGGAGUUUGUCUUCAGAUUAAUUGUCUGGUUACAUAUGCAGCCACAAGCAUUUUCAAUUCGGACUCAUUUUUUUAUAUGGGAAUCAAUGGUUAUGGACUGGGGACUCAUGAUUUCUCACUGAGUCCCAGGAUUCACCAUAACUGCCUCUAACAAAAUCACUGCAUGUUUAGUAGUUUCUUCUGAUCAAUAAGCAAUAACUGCAGACGUCCGCGUGACGCUGUUAACAUCCGCAUUUACGCGGUUUGAUUUGCAAUCACACGUUUCUUCUGUCUGACACGCGCAAAACUAAUCUUGUUUGCCUGUCAAUAAUCAUAGGGGUGGCGUUUGAGCAAGGUAAAUUUCUCCCCACCCCUGAGACGGUACCAUUUCGGUUGACACGUGACUUGGUGGACGGCAUGGGACUGACAGGGGUGGAAGGAGUGUUGAGACGAUGCUGUGAGAAAACAAUGCAGGUCAUGAGAACGUCACAGGAAUCACUAAUGACUAUUGUGGAGGUACGCGCUUUUUUUAUUGUUGUUUUCUUUUUUAUAGUGUCGUACAACCAAACCCAAAGUAGUUAUCAUCCCCGUUACAAUAGAAACAGACGAAUCAAUGAACCAUUGAGAUUUAUGGAGAAAAAAAUCGAUCGAAUUGAGGAGGGGAAGGGGUUAGUCAAACUGUCUGCAAUAAUACGUUUCGGCUCAGUGAUUUAAAGUCACAGGCCAGUUUGAGCUUAUUCCUUCGACACCAUAAAUUAAUUAAUGAAUACUUUUUUUCAGUUUCUAGUCAACCAGUUGAAAGCCAUGACACGGUUAAGCCACCCAAAAAGAGCACAUGGCCUUAAUGAGAUUUCCCCGCAUGUUGUUCAUGAGAUAAAGACAAAAGGCUAUUUUAGUAUGACGUCAUCAGCGUUAAUGUAUUUCCCCGCAAAAUAAUGAUAUUUUAUUCAGCUGAUUAAAACAAAUGGCUACGACGUCAUUGGCGUAACAGUGCGACUACUGUAACCAGGGCCAUUCAGACAAAGUUGACCAAUCGCACUACAAGAAAAUAACAAUAAAUCCCAAGAACGUUGGUUGUCGGCCAAUCAGCAGCUCGUUAAAAAAAUAAUUAGUUACUCAAAACAAAAAAAAUUAAUAUUUAUAGCAAACGUUUUUAGGGAAAGCAAAAUGUUUCACCAGACAGUGUUUUUCUAUUCGAUACUCUGUAUACAAUAUCCAGGAGACAUUUCGUUGACACAAGCUAUUCUUUUGUCAUCUACCAGCAAUUUCUUCGCUCCUAUUGCCUCGCUUUGCAGUAACGUGAGACCGCAAGUCAAAAAUAUAACUACCGUUUACGUUUUUCGCCUCAGUCACCCACUACAGCGGACCUCUCGGGAAACAGGUGCUCUCUUCAGCAGGUUCAAAAGGUCACGUCUGUGGGUUUUAAUUGGUCGUUAUGAUUGACAGCUAACUUGCUCGGGAUGUAUUAUUAUUUUCCUGUAAUGCGAUUGGUCAACUUUGUCUAGCUUACCCCGGUAAUAGUAGUCGCACUGUAUUGUAUUUCUGCGCAAGUUACUGAGAUUCCUGUGCAAAAAAAGGAUCAUUCGGUGCCUACAAUACUACUAACGUAAAUGCUUUGUAUCAAUUGCGCCAGUUUGAGUGUUCGUUGUUUGUGGCGAAUCUCCUCUUGUUAUAUCAAUGCUUUAUUAAUAAGGGUAGUCACGAGAAAUAAAGAUAAAUCGAUACUGUAACAGCUUCUCCCCUUUAUAUCUAUGGGAUAUGUAUAGGAGCAACAAAUGAGAAUUUAAUUUUUUAAAAAAAUUAGGGUACAUCGUGGUUUAGGGAACUAAGGACGGGCCCUUUACCUGACUCAGUUUUCCCCCAAAAUCUUAAAAUUAACGACAGUCCCCAAUAUCAAAUUCAAAAGAAGGCUAACUUUUAUUUUUUGUUGUCAGGUUUUGCUCUAUGAUCCUUUGUCAUCGUGGACACUGAGUCCAGAGAGAAGGAAAGCCCUUCAGAAAGCAGAAGAUCUGUACGAUGUUCCUCCUUCUAGCGCUGUGGGAGAUUGUCUUGACGGUUCCGUCAUGGCAUCAGAUAAUGUGGCACCAGAAGAUAACGUCAACAAAAUGGCGAAGAGGGUGCUUUUAAGACUGAAACAGAAAUUGGACGGCAUUGAAGAUGGGGUGCACUUAAGCGUAUCAGGACAGGUUAAUCAUCUUAUAAGAGAAGCUAUGGAUCCAAAGAAUCUGUGUCGAUUAUUUCCUGGAUGGCAGCCUUGGGUGUGA